AUGGGGCUUACUCUUGGCAUUCAGAGUUUCGAAGACGUUUUUCUUUGCCAGUACGUGGAUAAGACUGAGCAGGUUUGGGAGAUUGCCAACGCCGGUAGGCCGUGUGUGCUCAGUCGGCCUCGACGUUUCGGGAAGAGUCUUCUAAUUUCCACGUUCAAAGCUUACUUCCAGGGUCGGAAAGAUCUCUUUGCCGGACUGGCGAUUGAGCCGUUGGAAAAGAAAUGGGAGCAGUACUCCGUCCUACAUCUCGACCUGAGCCCGUUUGAGUACUAUCCACCUAGCAGUUCGGCCCCCAGUUGGGCCCGCAGUUCGGUAGACGAGCAACAGACUAAGCUAGAGAAGAUCCUGAGUGACAAGCUACUUGAGUGGGAGACGGAAUUUGGUGUAAAUGAGAACGAAGGGACUCUCAGCGAACGCUUCGCUCGAAUCAUACAGCACACAGCCGAACAAUCCGGCAAGGGUGUAGUUGUACUCAUUGACGAAUACGACAAACCUUUACUGGAGACCCUUUGUUCCCAAGACCUAUUGAAAUCCCAUCUCUCUGUGCUGAAUUCAUUUUACAGUGUUCUGAAACGUGAGGAACGGCACCUAUACUUUGUCUUUCUCACCGGCAUUACGAAACUAGCGCAGGUCAGUGUCUUGAGCGAGAUCAACCAACGGAACGGUAGUAGUCUUGACCGUGAUUUCCCUACCCUUUGCGGCUUCACUCGAGAAGAACUGACUACGAAGUUCCGCCGUCAAAUCGAGUCGUUAGGAGAGUCGCACGACAUAAGUAUGGAGGAAACACUUGCCGUUUUGACCCGUCGAUACGGGGGUUACCGCUUCCAUCACAGCGGUGAACAGUUGUUCCAACCGUGGAGUGUACUAAUGGCCUUUCACGAGGGAAGAUUCGGCGAUUACUCAAACCAUAUUGGCAUUCCCAAAAUUUUGAAAUGGGUAGUAGAAAAUAGAAGCAGUGACCUGGUCCCUUUACUGACUGGCGUCUCUCUUGAUGGCUCCGACAUGGAUCCGACGUCGGGUACGGUCUUGAAGCCAGCGGUUGAACCUGGGUCAGCGAAGUACCUCAAGUCCUUAGGCGAAGCGCUUCAAGAUCCUUUUCUUCUGACUUACCUCUGCGGGUAUAUCACCGUAAAGGAUUACGACAAGCGCUUCGACAUCUACCAGUUAGCGUUCCCUAAUGAUGAAGUCCGAUUGGGUCUUGCAAAAUUCGCGCUUCUGAUACGCACACCUGUGCCCGACAAGCAGCGCAGAUCUUUCAUUCGGAAGCUGGUAAAGAGCCUGGAGGCCGACAGGCUUAAGAGUUUCUUCGCUACGUUCGAUUGCUUCUUGCCCGUCAAUAGCCGGCUUGAACCCUUUCCGGCUCAUAAUUGGCCAUUAAUCGUGCACCUGGUGUUCUGCCUCAUGUCAGAAUUCAUUAAAACGCGAACUCAGUUCUUCUCAGAUGGUGCCGGUGCUGUCGUGGACACAACUGAGCGCGUCUACAAGUUCCUUUUCAAGCUGGACGGCACCGCUAGGGAGGCUCUCGACCAAGUGAAGACCUCUCUCACAGAAAAAGAGAAGAAUGAAGAAGCCCGCACGACUGUGGAAAUUGGAGCAAGGAUUAAUUGCGAUGGAAGGUCUGUGGUAUGGGAGAUUCAGCGUCAGGAAAAUUUCCAAUAG